CGGGAGCCGGCAGGGAGCGCGCGGGGAGCGAGCGCAGGACGCGCAGCGGCGGCGGCGGCGACGCGCGCGCCCAGCCCACCCCCUGCGCCCGCCGCCGCCCGGACAAUAAACAGCCGCGCGCGGGGCGAUGCCCGAGCCGGUGCCGCCGCCCCCGCGCCGCGCAGCCCCGGCCGCCAGGCCUUAGUCCGCCAGCCCCCCGCACCCCGCCGCCGCCCGGCCCCCGCGCCCGCCCCGCGCCCGCCCCGCGCCCGCCCCGCGCCCGCCCCCGCCCAGCAUCGCCGACCCACCCGGACCUCCGCGAGGAAAUGGAGGUCCUGGCGGCAGAGACCACAUCUCAGCAGGAGCGGCUCCAGGCCAUUGCAGAGAAGCGGAAGCGGCAGGCCGAGGCGGAGGCAAAGCGCCGGCAGCUGGAGGAUGACCGUCGGCAGCUGCAGCACCUGAAGUCCAAGGCGCUGCGGGAGCGCUGGCUGCUGGAGGGGACGCCGUCCGCGGUCUCGGAGGGCGACGAGGGCCUGAGGAGGCAGAUGCAGGAGGACGAGCAGAGGGCGCGGCUCCUGGAGGAGUCCAUCGGCAGGCUGCAGAAGGAGAUUGAGGUGCUGGAGGGCGCAGGCCUGCCCGCUGCCGCCGCCGGGGAGAGGCCCGCCGCCCGGAGCCCAGCCAAGGACCAGAAGGCAGACGUGGUGUUGGAGUCUCAGCAGGACCCGGUGGGCACGCCCAAAGAGAAGCGAGUCUCCAACACGCCGGUGAGGCCGGUCGAAGGCUCCACCCUGAUGAAGGCAGCCAUGUACUCGGUUGAGAUCACGGUGGAGAAGGACAAGGUGACUGGGGAGACCCGGGUGCUGUCCAGCACCACCUUGCUCCCUCAGGAGCCGCUCCCUCAGGGCAUCAAGGUCUACGAAGACGAGACCAAAGUGGUCCACGCCGUGGACGGGACCGCGGAGAACGGGGUCUGCCCGUUGAGCUCCUCCGAGGUAGACGACCUCCUUCACAAGGCAGACGAGGUCGCGCUGAGCGAGGCCGGGUCCACAGCUGGGACGGCGGAGACCCGGGGGGCGUCCAAGGAGCCCGUGCAGACCACACCGUCCAGGCGGGAGAUCCCCGGAGUGCAGGCGCAGCCGGGAGAGGCCACGUCCGGCCCGCCAGGCGUCCAGCCCGGCCAGGAGCCCCCGGUCACCUUGAUCUUCAUGGGUUACCAGAACGUGGAGGACGAGGCCGAGAGCCAGAAGGUGCUGGGUCUUCAGGACACCAUCACAGCGGAGCUGGUGGUCAUUGAGGACGCGGCGGAGCCCAAGGAGCCCGCCCCGCCCAACGGCAGCGCCGCGGAGCCCCCCACCGCCGCGGGCUCCAGGGAAGAGAACCAGGUGGGGCCCGAGGCCCCCGCCAGCGACCCCCAGGACCUCGACGCGAAGAAGCAGCGCUGUAAAUGCUGCUCCGUCAUGUGAGCCCCCCGGCCCCCCCGGCCCCCCAGCCCCGCCCUCCACACCACAGCCCCCCACCAGCCCGGCCCCGGCGUCUGCCCCCGCCACCUGCAGUCACGGGCCCCAGGAUGUGCGGUUGUCACAUGUUCCUUCCGAGGUUUCUUCUGUUGGAGAGAGAGGGACAGGGGUCCCCCACCCCAUCACCACCCGACACCCCCAAACCACUGAGCCAUGCACCUACGUCUGGUAGGAGAGAGACAUGGACAGACCCGCUUUCCCCGAAAUGAAGGGCCCCCCCCACGUCACGGCAGCUCCACAAAACGGCCCCCAGCCCCAGCGGUCCUGGCCGGGGUGACCGGGGGCCUCGACGCAGCCCCGGGCCAGCCAGCCGCCCUCUGGGCCUCCUGCCUGUGCCUUCCUGCCACCUCCAAUGAGGUCCCUGAGGGGACAUCCUGCCAGAGAGGGACCCGGAGAGCCGAGGGCUCCUGGGAGCGCGCUCUGUCCCCGCUUAGCCCCUGGGAGUGGGGCUUCCUGGCCAAAGCUCUGGUGUCCAUAGCUUGGACAGUUGGGGUAAGGCCGUGCCUCUCUGGGGAGUCUUGGUCAGAGGUCAGGUUCAAGGUCGUGGAGAGGAGCAAGGCCCCUCUAGGCAUCCCCAGCCUGACGCGCUCCUCCCCCCAUGCCCUCUUGGGGCAUGGCCAGUGGGUGAUGGAGCCUGGGAAGGGAGAGCCCCCCCCCAAAAUCCCCCCCACGCAGGAGGGGUCCGUGACCCCUGCACUGUGUCCUGCAGGCCGGGCCCUUCGAGCCGCCCCUUGCAUAAGGCAGGCCCCUAUGAGCCACUUCCUGUCCUAGCUCCGACUCCCAUUGGGCCCUCCUUCCUCCUGGUGCUAAUUUGGGGACCCUGGGGGGCGGCCCAGGACCUGCUUGGACCAGGGCGCUGGGUCCCUCCAGCCGUACCCCAGAGAUCAGGCCACUGCCAGCUCCACUGGGCUUGGCACAUUUCGGGCAGCGGCGGGCGCACGCAGCCCGGGGCAGGGGGCUUCCUCAGCAGAGUCCCCUGCGCUGCCCCGCCCGACGUGAGCCUGUCCCCCUCUGGCCAGGAGGGGUGAAGGGUUCCCCCCGGAUGCAGCCACACUCGCCCCCAGAGGCACAUCUGUGCGCACGCUCACAGACCCACACCUGUGGGCUGUGGCCCGUGAGGCCCCAUCUCGGCCCGCCCCCGGGGCCUCCGGCCUGGUGCCAAGGGCAGGUGCAGGGCCCACCUCGGGCUGCAGCCUGGACCCCGACUCAGCUCUGCCCCUCGGUGGCGGGGGGGGGGGGGCGUCUCUGAGGUGACCCUGGGCAGUGGCCGUGGGACCCCUCCUCCUCGAGUCCUUGAGCUGUGAGCGUCCGCGGGAGCGCCCCUCUGCUUUGAUGUGCGACAAGGCCCUGAUGUUCCUGACUUUCCCAGAGAAGCAAAUAAACCGUGUGAACAGCC